AUGGCGCCUCGUUCUCGCAAGGUCAGCACCGGCAAGGAUGCCAAGAAGAAGACGAAGUCCACCGAAAGCGUCGCAAAGUACAUGCUGUUCGCGAAGCACGCCCUUGCCCCGUAUCCCAACGAGCAGGGCAACCCCCUCUACUCCGGCGACGUGGACCACGAGGAGUUCCUGGAGCCGAAGGCUAUCGUAAAAUCUCGAAACCCCACGAAUUGCGAGUACUUGCGGCGCCCCGGCAUGGCCGUGUCCCUGGCCGCCGCCGCGCUCCGGGUGGGCGGCCCAGAAGCCGUCAAGGACAAGAUUGACGGCCACCAGUCGGUCGCCAAGUUCCUCAAAGAGAAGGCAGAUUUCGUCAAAUGCUUGAAGGUAUUGGAUAUCGGCAAGACUCGAAAGCCGGACAAGAAGCAGAUCGAGAAGGCCAUGGGCACGUUCGUGGACACAUUCCAGUCUCUCGGCGACAAGGAGCGCAAGGCCCGGACCUCCCUCGCCGUCUCCUCGGCCCGCCUCUACCUCCUGGCCAUGAACGCCCUCGAAACGGCGGACUUGCUGGCCAAUCCCAAGAUCUACGCCCGCAAGGUCGAGAAGGCUCCCGGCCAGCUGAAGCUGGACGCAGCGAGCUGGAUGAAGCAUCCCGGCGAGGCGAACAAGCUGAAGGCUAUGCUGGUGCGCUCGCUGCAGCAGAAGAUCAAGAAGCAGAAGAAGGACGAGCGAGGCGACGGCAGCAAGCCGGACACGUCCGACCCGCCCAAGGGAAAAGACAAGAAGAAGCGCAAGUCGAGCUCCAGCAGGGGACGUAAGAGCAAGGAUGUCAAGUCAGACAAGAAGAGCAAGCGCGACCGCAAGGACAGGCGCCACAAGAAGCGCAAAGCGUCGUCGAACUCCAGAAAGAGUGCCGGCGAGGAAGCUGCCUUCGUCGCCAAGGAAAAGAAGCGUGGCAAGAAGGACAAGAAGCAGGAGAGUUCCGGGUCGUCGUCGGGCUCCAAGAAGAGGGCUCGCCGCGAGCUUGCUGUCGGCCUCUCGCCGGAAAGCGACCCCUCGCCUAGCGCAGCAAGAACCCAGGAGUCGGCCGCGUUCAAGAGCUGGGCAGUCGAAGAAAUCCGAACCAUGAUGCGGGAGGUCGACGAGGGCCUUCGCAACUAUCAGAACAAGACGAAGCGGCUGAGCCUCGACGCGCUCGUCGCGCUGCUCGAUAACCUGUCGCCGGAGAUCUUAGAGCUGGCGAAGAUGACCGCGACCCUCGGGCACUUGAAGACGAUGCAGAAGCUGCCCCGUCAGGCGGCCGUGAAAGAGAUUCUGGAGAAGAUCCAGGGCGUGGCGCGCCGUGCCUUGGAGGUGCACGAGCAGCCGCCGAUGGAGACGAAGGCGCUCCUCAUGACUGUGCACCGCAUCGGGGGCGUGGCUGCAGACGGCCGCGCCGUGGUCCGCGAGGGUGAUCCCGCCGACGAGCUGGAGAUCGAAGACGAGAACGAGACAGUGGCCGAAGCCGUGGCCCGCUUGAUGACGGCGCAGGGGAGCGAAGCAGACCUGCCGAACUGGACCGUCAAGGCCAUGGACGAAGACAAAGUGAUCCGCGAAAUCUCGCCCGACACCACGCCGGCCAGCAGCUGCCUCCAUGUUGUCCUCCUCCGCAAGGGCGGCUAG